AUGGCUACUUCAGAUUAUGCCUCCGAGUCCAGGGGUGCGGUCGCCAUAGCUGUUAUGGCGACCCUGUCGUCUAUCUCUCUUAUCGUGGUAUCCCUGCGAGUGUACGCCCGGGCCAUCAUGCUGAGAAACUUUGGCGUCGAUGACGCAUGUGCGAUCCUUGCUUGCUUGUUGACAAUCGCUGAUGCUACUAUCAUCGCAACAAAUGUUAGAAAUGGCCUUGGCUCUCAUAUAUCUACACUUUCCGGCGAACAGAUUAGUAAUUUCUUGAGGAUGUUUUACUUCUCAACCGUCGUCUACAACGUCGCCCUUGCAGUCAUCAAGACAGUCUUUCUCCUCCAGUACUACCGAGCGAUACCUGUACGCCAGUAUAAGAAGACAUAUAUCGCAUCCGUCGUCCUCGUGACUUGCUGGAGUCUUUCCCAGAUAUUCCUCAAUACUUUUAUGUGCUGGCCUAUCGCAUCCUUUUGGGAUGUCACGAUCAAGGGCACCUGUAUUCUCAACAAAUCUUCGUUCUAUGUUGGCGCGGCGGGCAAUAUUUUGACCGAUAUCUUGAUCAUGGUCCUCCCCAUCCCCGUUCUUCGCAGUCUGAAGCUCGGUAGGCGACAAAAGUGGAUUCUUAUAUCCGUCUUCUGCCUCGGCAUAUUUACGUGUCUUAUCUCACUCGUUCGUAUCAAGUUCCUCAACAUUGGCACAGAUAUCACAUGGCAUAAUGUCGAAUCAGCAUCUUGGUCAGUCAGCGAGUUGUGCUGUGGUAUCAUCUGCGCUUGCAUUCCAACUCUCCGGCCUCUGUUAUCAGGCCAUGACCGCGGUUCUAGCCAUAACCAAUCCUCGUAUGCAAGACAUGAAAACUCGAGGACUAAUGUCACGGCCCGCCAAACUGGUACUUCACGAAGCCAUGAAAUGCAUGAUCUGCCUAGGACGCUUCAUUCAUCUGAGAUCACACAAAACCUGGAAGACGCCCUAACAUAUCUGAGACAUGACUCAAAGCCGCGUUCUCUUUGGAUCGAUGCCAUCUGCGCCAUCUGCAUAAAUCAAUCCGAUGUAGAUGAGCGAAAUUCCCAAGUUCGUUUGAUGGGCUGCAUCUACUCCUCUGCCUCAUGUGUCGUUUCAUGGCUUGGGCUAGAGGAUGAUCCCAUCGACUAUGUUGAACAAAUGAGAAAGGCAAGGUCAUUGACCGAAUUGGUCAGGUCAUGCUCAACGGAAAAAUUAUUCGCACUCUUGCUGGAUAGCAAGGAGGACCUUGAAGAAGUAUUUGAAGAUGGUCUCUAUUCCCUCCAACUUGUCAUCGGCGAACGAAAGUACCGUCCUCCAUAUUGGAGAAGAGCUUGGAUUAUCCAAGAAGUCAGUCUGGGCCGAGUUUGGAGAUUACAAUCGGGUGCCCUUUGCAUUUCAGAAGGGGAUAUCCAAGCUGUGAUGGGAAUACUUCAGGACCCCAGGAUAAAGACUGUCAUGAAGAAGAAGUUCCAAGCACGCAGACUUCGAGCACUGAUAAGCCUUAAUUCUUUCCUGUCUGUAUCGGUCUAUCGCAGCAUUCUCUCUUCCUCCGAAACGCCACUUUCAGUGUUGGCCAUAAGUUCUCCCAACUGGGAAACAUCAGCUUUGCGAACUCCUAGGACUCAAGGUUCUUGGCCUUUACUUAGCCUGUUGAGACAUAGCUGGUCGAGACUAUGCGCAGAUCCAAGGGAUAAAGUGUCUUCUAUCUUGGCGGUCUCUGACAUGAAAGAUGACCGUUCCGAACGACUCGAAAUCGAUUAUAUGAGACCGAUCUCUAGAGUCUUCACAGACUCAGUCAAAGCCAUUAUUGAAACUAACUCUUCUCUCGAUGUCCUUUCUUAUGUCCGUGCGGAAGACAGAACUGGCUUGUCGGAUCUACCAUCAUGGGUCCCAGACUGGGAGACGUACAAAACACCUGUCAUAGCGGAUCGACCAAUCUCUUAUGACCAACAACGAGCCAUGGGUAAUACAGUAGCUCGAGUUAGUUUUCAACAGUGUUCUGGAAAAGAAAUACUACUUGCUUCGGGGAUUUGCUUUGGUACAAUAGUAGGGUUGAGAGACCCGCUGAUCAAUGUCGACGCCGAGCGGAUGGGAGACAAAGCCCGAACUGCGAACCUCGAGUACCUAAGCCUAUAUCGGCAACUUCCGUCAGUUUUCAACCAACUAUCAGCACUAGCACUGCCGAAUAGACUCUCGGGUGCAUCAUUCCGCCGCACAUGCUCUCUUGGUCUUCUUGGUCACGAACUCGAUGAUUCGUUCCGGGAACUUCUCGAUGAACUACCGCUAGAGUCUCCGGACAAUGAAGACGCCCCGGGUUCAGCUGUCGAUGGCCUUAUCAAAAGGUUCGACUACAGAUAUAGAACUAUGGCCUCAGCAUUAGUGAACCGUUCAAUAUUCUUAGUCAAGCCUACCAACAUGGGCAAAAUACGGCUUGGCUAUGAGAUCGGAAUAGGCGAGGCCGCCGCGGUUCAAGACUCUGACCUUGUGUGCCUCGUCGAAGGCUGUGGCACGCCACUGAUCCUGCGACCAAUGGGUUCGCAACACGUGUUGUCCAUGAUGAAUGUGGAGGAAGAGAAGGUCAUCAUACCGCGGUCGGGAUCAGCUGUGAGCAACGCAUCUGAGAACAUGGGUUGGGCAAAUCAACAAACUGAAGAAGAAACAACUACCCAGGAAGAAGAAGAAGAAGAUACUUCGGAGAGGCGACCAAGGAAGCCGAAAGGCAAAUGA